AUGCCGGUCAUCAGAUACAGAACCGGGGCCAAAAGCUUUCAAGACGAUGGUAUUGUGAGGCGGACCGAAAGAAGAUCCAAAAACGGAUGUCUUACGUGCCGUCGAAGGAGAAAGAAGUGCAACGAAGUUACACCUAAGUGCGGUGGAUGUGCAAGAAAUGGUCUGGAGUGCGAGUGGCCAUCGCCAUUCGUACACUUUGGGGCUGGUAUAAAACCAGAGUUCUCGUUCGUUCAUGUUUUGGAAGAACAGCUCACGACAAGAGAUGCUAGCAAAAAGCUAGAACAGGAACGUGGUCAGCGGGGUUCAAGAAAGGGAUGCUCUAAAAAGCAUGAAAAUUCCAAGGAUAUUACUAUAUCAACGAAUGUGAAGCUCACUCGAUCACCCAGUUUACAUGAUGACUUUAUACAAGAGAUACGACCCCAGAUUUCCCGAAUUCUGGGUUCAAAAUUGGAUUCAUCCUCGUGUCUGGAGGAAAGCAGCUCGAAAAGACCAACUGAAAGCCAUCAAGUGAGUUAUUCGAGAUUUAAUACUGGCAGCUUUAACGGGGGCCAGCAACAUUCAGCUUGCAAAGAGAGCGCGAUAGCUACUCGGAACCCUUUGACUUCUUUUAACACCACCGAAACGCUCCCCGUCAGUUUUUACACUUACAACACUGCUGCAGACAAGUACCUUGAGAUCAUUGAUGCUUACGACAGGGGCAAAACGUUCUCAGACAUGAAUCCCGAGGACGAUGAAGAACUACUUUUUUACACAUGCGUCAACAGAGCUAUCCCCAAUUUGGGCACUCAGUAUACACACCCGCUCUUAACAACGUGUGCCACGUUUCUACCUCAAGUUGAAAACAGUGCGCCUCUGAGAGAAAUAUUUUUGUGCUACGGGGCAACAUACCUGGAAUGGUACGAUGAAGCCAAGUUUUCAGCUCUGUCAGAUGAACUCUACGAAAGCUCCAAACUGCUCAUUAAAAAACAGCAGCAGGAAGCACCCAAAGAGUAUUCGGAGCUUUGGCUACUUCCGUCUUUUUUGCUGCUAUGUUUGCGGUGUAAAAAAGCAUCUUCAGGCUCUGUGGAUGAGUGCGUGAAGUGCCUUGCGGAGGCUUAUUUGGUCAUCAGGAAUACGAUCUGCACUGAACACAAAGAGCAGAAUCAAAUGGCAGCUGGUCUGCAGAAUUUGACUUAUGAAAUCGAAAACAAAUUUUUGUCCAAAGUUGGAGACGAACUUGUGAAAACUGAUUUCGUGCUGCGGCCCUUUGAAAGAAUGUUUUUGGAAAGUUUCAUCUAUAACUACUCUGUUGCAAUUUUGUUUGCAACCGACUUAGUGGCGCUUCCUAGUCCAUUUUUCAUAUUCAAAGAGCUGUCUCCUUUUCUUAAGCGGCCGCUCUAUUACUGCUCAUUCGAAUGGAUGAACAACCCUGUCUUGGGCCCUUCACUCGAUGCAUUCGAGAUUUUGGCAAAAGUGUCUUAUAUCGCCCGGCUUCCUAUGCCUCUUACUCAACAAUCCGCAUGGUUUCAGAAGGCCCAGCGCCUACAUUCUAUGGCAUUCUAUUACACUGGGCCGGUGCUGUCGCCAGUUUUGAGGUCUGAAGACACCCAUAUAUAUGAGAAUGCGAAGGUAAGCUCCAAAGUCGGCAGCAUUGUGGCAAAAUCAAGCUAUUUGUUGGUCUCCAAAAUUUUAAAGUACGACGACUUCGACAUACAGCGACCGUCGAUUCAAAGGGUCCGUUGUGAGAUUUUUGAGGCUUAUACGUGUAUCCCAUCUGAUAGUAAAACUUGGGGGCUUUUGAUCUGGUCCCUCGUCAUCACAGGCUGUUUUUCGGUAGCUUCGGGGGAGAAAUACCAAAUCCUAAGGUACUUGCUGAACAUUGGCGAGUAUCUUCAUCAUCAAAAUGUCAGCAAGAUGAGAAGUUUUUUGGAGCGGGCAUGGUCACGUCCCAUAGAUCAGCGUCUCGAUAUUCUAUUCGACCGUGACGAACUUUGUAACCUUGCCCCAUAA